GCACGUUUUCUGCACCGACAGUGCCCUGAAAUAGCAGCAGAAGUAGGAUAUUAUCAGGCGCUUUCAUAAAAAAAGACUACAGUUUGAGGAAUUAUUCAUGAGACAGAAACGUUCAACCUUCCUGUAGUGAUGGCGGCAUCGUUACCACAGAAGCCAGGCAUGGCAGGGAUGCCCCCGCAGCAGCAGCAGCAGCAGCAGCAGCAGCAGCAGUCACACAUGCCCCCCACUGGCGCCUCGGUCGCAGGUCAACAGCCAAUGGCACCCCAGGGUGCCCUGAGAGAGAUCUCCCCUGUGUUUCUCUGUCGGAUCGGACAGGAGACCGUCCAGGACAUUGUCACUCGCACCAUGGAGAUCUUUCAAAUCACACGAGCCACGCAACUUCCCAACGGCGUGACUCAGAGCCAGGCGAUGUACCAGGAUCGCUUCGGCAAACUUCAGGAACACCUGAGGCAGCUCGCCCUGCUCUUCCGCAAGCUUCGCCUCCUCUAUGAACGCUGCGUGGAGAUGACUGCUGACCUGCAGGAGGGGCCGGCAGAGCUUGUGCCCUAUGUUGGAGAAGAGCUGGUCAACGUCAGAGUGGAGCCUUGUAGUCCUGCUGUCCACCAGGAGAGGAAAGAAGUCCUCGAGAAAGUGCGCCAGAAGAACCAGGAAAUGAAGGUUCUCAUGGAUCAGAUGAGGAACCUGCUGUGGGACGUCAACGCCAUGUUGACUCUUAGGAAAUGAUCCAUUUGAUGCACAGACUUUUCAAAUGUCCAAGUUGGCCAUGGACUGCACAACGGAUAAGGGGACAUCUUAUUUCUAUAAGUUGCACUGUUUUUGUUUGGAGUUUAUAGAUGACACCCACAAUUAUGUUGGGUUUUCUGUUCGAUGAGCUCUACACUACUUUCCACCUCCUUUUUUUUUUUACUGCAAUAAGUUAUUCAUUUUUGCAUAGCAAAUAUUUCCUUUUUGUGCCGCAAUGUGUGAACUUAUCAUCUGACACGGAUCAGAGCCGUUCUUCCAGAAAACUCAACGUGUUUAUAAUAUUGUGCUCUUUAUGUUCCCAAAAUUGGUGGGUUCCAAUUAAAUCCCCUUGGCAGCUAUGUUCAUCUCAGGUGCCUUGUACAGGUAGUGUGUAUGUGCUUCAUUAGUCUUCCUCAGUGCCCGACACUGUUGACCUUUUGGAUUUUCAGACUUUCUUGCCUGAGAAUGUCCUUUUGUCGACCAGCAUACUGGAUUAUAUCUUCGUUUUUGGAUUGUUUUUUCUAAAUAAAAGGUAUGAAUAAUAGAAGUUCUGCAUCUCCUUAAACAUUUAGAGCGGGGGAUCUUCCAUGUUUUCCUGGCCAAAGACCCCUAAACUGAGGAAUAAGCAGAGUGUUUAAAAUUGUGUUUUAUAUUAAACUGGCCCCAAAUG